AGUAAGUAGUAAGUAGCAAGAUUAGUAAGUAAACAAAAUCUAAAUGAAUCAGGAACAAUCAGUAUUCUGUCAAUAUUUUCAAUAAGAAAUUCUGCUAUUGUGCUUUGCUGUUUCUGUGAACACCUUUGGGUUAUUUAGCUGGAAUGAUCAGAAACAGUACUGAAAACUUCCAGUAGGAAAUCAAUUAGGGUUAUGAGCCCUUUUCCAUUCUAUUUUCCCUGGGAUUCUAACAGACUUUCCAGAUUUCAGGAGGGACUUUACAUUGAAUACAAGAUUUGUCGAUGGAACUUCCAAUAGGAUAACUAACUCCUUUUAGAUUAUCUUAUGAACAACAACUUUCAUUGUAGUACAUCCAGUCAUCAAUUUCCCUACGGGAUUAAUAAAGUAUUAUCUAUCUAUCUAGAAUAUUCAAAUUUUCAUUGAAGAUCUAAUGCAUUAAGCUACUAUAAGUAUGUUUUAGCUUUUUGUGUAUCCACAACAUUGCACUCAAUGUCUUAUGCAGAAAUUUAAAUAUUUUUUUCUCUUCACUCAAAGCAGUCAAGAUGUUCUUCAGAACAACUCAGAAGGUUAGGGUCUUGCUCCUUUUGGGUUCUCUGUGCAUCUGUGGAGACUUCACUGCUGCUGACGACCCUGUCAUCCCUGCUAACAAUGGAGUCACUUUUAGCCACGUUUAUAAGAUCGACCUGCCUAAGGCAUCUGACUGCAAGGUGGAGAUGGACACCAUCCCUGUACAGGACCAGGGGACAGAGCAGGCGGUCUCUUCGCAGGGCAUGGAGGGAGAUAACAACAUCGUCUUCAGGCACAAUAUCCGUUUGCAAACUCCAAAAUGCGACUGCGAGUCAUCUGAGAGCUUCCAGGCCCUGUUGUACAGGAUUAAUGGUCUGGAGGAGGAAGUGACCUACCUCAAAAGCCAGUGCACACAGGGUUGCUGUGGUGGAGGAGGCUCAGACAUCAAGUGCAGUGGCCAUGGGAGUUUAAAACAGGACACGUGUAGCUGUGUCUGUGAUGAGGGCUGGGAAGGUGAGGAUUGCUCCAGGAGGUCCUGCCCAAAUGAAUGCAGUGACAAUGGACGCUGCGUGGAUGGGCAGUGUGUCUGUUACCAGGGGUACGCUGGGGCUGAUUGCAGUGAGCUCCUCUGCCCCAAUGACUGUAACGACAAGGGCCGCUGUGUGGACGGAGUUUGCCAGUGCUUUAGAAACUUCAUGGGUGAGGACUGCAGCCUGUGGAGGUGCCCUAAUGACUGCAGUGGGAAUGGAGAGUGUGAUGAUGGAACGUGCAUCUGUGAGGAUGGCUUUACAGGGAUCGACUGCUCCAAGGUGAUGGGCCCCAAUAACUUGCGCUUACUGAGAUCCUCUGAAGAAUCCCUUUUGGUGGAAUGGGACGAAGUACCUGGUGCCGAGUACUACCUCCUUACAUAUCACCCUGAAGGAGAUGAAGGCUCCAUUAGGGAAAUCAGAGUCCCCAGUGACACAAACUCCUAUCUGAUCACUGGCUUAACUCCUGGAGUCAAAUACAUCAUAAAUGUGUCUGCAUGGAUCAAGGGCAUUACUAGUGAGCCUGAAUCAUUGGAGGCCACGACUGAAGUGUCAACGGUGCAGAAAAUCAGAGUGGUCAGUCAGACAGAGGACUCUAUCCAGGUGGAGUGGCCAAAUCCCUCAUCGGAAGUUGACUACUUCAGACUGACCUUUGUCACUCCCGAAGGCCAGGAGCAGGAGGUCAGAGUUCAGAAGAGUUCUGGAGCUAAAACCAGCUACACCAUCACAGAUCUCUUCCCUGGCACCAAGUACCUCAUAAAAGUUCAAGCCAUUAAAGGGAAUACAGCAGGGAAACCUUCUUCUGUGAAUGGGCUAACAGAUAUCGAUGCCCCCACCAACCUGGUGACCAAGUCUGUGACAGAGGACACAGCUACUUUGUCCUGGACCUCCUACAAGCUGACAGGGCUGAGGCCUGGAGUGGAGUACACUGUCUACAUCUGGGCUGUCAAGGGAGACCGCAAGAGCAAGAGGACCUCCACGCAGUCCGUGACAGAUAUCGAUGCCCCCACCAACCUGGUGACCAAGUCUGUGACAGAGGACACAGCUACCCUGUCCUGGGACAGAUCCUACAAGCUGACAGGGCUGAGGCCUGGAGUGGAGUACACUGUCUACAUCUGGGCUGUCAAGGGAGACCGCAAGAGCAAGAGGACCUCCACACAGGCUGUGACAGAGAUUGAUGCUCCCACUAAUCUGAAAGUGGAAGAUGUCCAGCUUAACAGUGGAGUGCUGACUUGGACCCCCCCUCUAGCUGUGAUUGAUGGCUACACCCUCUCCUACAAAGCAGAGGAUGGAAGUGGGCAGAUCACAGAGCGACGGGUGGGCCCUGGAGAGAGGAGGUUUACCUUGGAUGGCCUGGAGCUGGGAAAGAAGUACAUCGUCAGCCUGGUCGCCUUCAGAAGAAAUCAGAGGAGCAGGACAGUGGAGACCACCUUUACUACAGUUGGAGUUCUCUUCCCCUUCCCUAUGGACUGCAAAGAGGUUCUGCAGAGCGGGAACAAUUCUGAUGGAGUCUACACCAUCUACCUCAACAAUGACCGCUCUAAGCCAAUGGAGGUUUACUGUGACAUGACCACUGACGGUGGCGGCUGGAUCGUCUUGCAAAGACGCAACAGUGGAAAACUUGAUUUCCUGAAACGCUGGAAACAGUACAUUCAAGGCUUUGGGAACCUGACUGAUGAAUUCUGGUUGGGGCUGGAAAAGAUAUAUGAACUUACAAACACCAACACCCAGUAUGAACUGCGUGUUGAUUUGAAAGCAGGUUCUGAGUCUGUCUAUGCUGUCUAUGACAACUUCAAAAUUGCACCAGUGAGGCAGAAGUUUAAACUGACUAUUGGCAACUACCGAGGCACUGCAGGUGAUGCAAUGACUUAUCAUCAAGGCCGACCCUUCUCUACUAUAGACCAGGACAAUGACAUUGCUCUGAGCAACUGUGCUUUGACUCAUCGUGGAGCCUGGUGGUACAAAAACUGUCAUUUAGCAAACCUGAAUGGCAGAUAUGGGGACGAUACGCACAGCGUGGGGGUGAACUGGGAGCCCUGGAAGGGGCAUGAAUUUUCCAUACCGUUCGCAGAGAUGAAAAUCCGACCACAUGUUGCUUCUGACACCCCUGUCCUGGGACGGAAGAAGAGGUCACUUGGGGGAAGGGGAAAGAGUAGAAGGCUAGAAUCAAAAUAGGAAAAAAAAACAACAAAGCACAUAUAAGCUUAAGGACAGUUCAUUUCCAGAGAAUUUCAGUGAUUUUGAAGUCCACCUAAAAAACAAACGAUGGCAUUACUUCCUUUAUAUGUAGCACUUCAUAUCAGAAUUCUUCAGCUCUUGUCCUCUACUGUCCUCUCAUCAGAUUCCCUUCUUCUUCACAGUGGAUUUCACAAUUUUAUUUCAUAGCUUUUUGGUGUUACAUCUAUAUUAUAAGGUGUUUGACUAUCAGACCUUUGCAGUUAUAAUACAAUGAGAGGCCAAUUGAACCACCAAAUCCAAAGACAAUAGUGCAAAACCACUAAAGGCGACCCGUAUUAGAAUAACAGUUAAUCAGUAGCUUCUAAUUGUAAUGCCAUUACAUCACAGAUCGUCGUGUGAUGCAAUUACAGAUCACAUCCUUGUGCUAUAAUUACAAAGCCCUCAGACUCUGUUCUGAGCUGACUGUUUGCAUAAUGACUCUUUGCCUUUUUUAUUGUCAGAAAUGUGAAUAGUUCUUUGUUACAGGUCCAAGUUUUUUUUUAAUAGACUUUUUCUUAAGCAACAUAUACUGUAAGGCUAUGAGACGUUCCUUAUAUGAAAUCUACGAAACAUACUCCUUGAAUAUCUGGUAUUUAUGAUUUUACUACGACACCAAACUCUCAAAAUACAAAAACAAUCAUCACGAUAAUUGGCAAAACUGACAGCGGCCUAAUUUAUUUGGAAUGUGGUGCAUCCUCCCACUGUUUAAAUCCUUAAAGUCUAAAUUAAAGACAAUGGAUCUAGGCAAAGUAUUUUUUUAAUAAUUAGAUUUGUAGAUAGAAGUGCCUGAUGCAAAGUGGACACGAGAUUUCCAGAAAUCAUUGACAUAGGAUAAUACUUAAGCAGUUAUUUUCCUGCAAGGAUAGGAAUAGAGAUUCCUUUUCAGUUCAUAUUCAAAAUUCACAUUUCAAAUUGAGGGUCUCAGCUCAAAAGAUAUGUCUGAAGCCUUAUUCUUCUCAUUUUAGUCUUUUUGCUGAAGAUUCCCCUCUACAACAUUCCUCUCGUUUUUACUCCCAGACCCUAGAUCUUCCUUCUUCAAGAGGCAGUAGCUUGUUAUUGUAGGUGUAAGACCAUUUUCUGAUACUCUUCUGUAUGCAUUUCAGUACUCCUGGACAUUUAAAACACAGGCCUAAACCUGUUCUUUGAUAUGAAUAAAACUAUGAAUACUGUCAUAAUUCAAAUUUUACAUAAGUGGUACUUGUUCUUGUUCUAAAUUAUCAAAAUAUUUUUGUUUCUGUGAAGAUCAAGAUAUAUACAAUAGGUUAUAAACUUACUUUGAAAACAAGAAGGUGGGAAGAGCCUCAUCAUACAAUUACAGAAUUGUUAUGUACUUAUUCUUAUAGUGACUCGUUUGUUGUUUUCUAAUCAAUCUGCUGGUCAACUACCAAUGUAAUUCUAGAUACAAGGGAUUUGAUUUUAACCCCAGUAUAUUAACUUUUUUAAUUUUGUUUUUGAGAAUUAUUUUGACUUCUUCUUCUAAGUAUUCCAAAGCUUGUAUAAUAUGUCAUCACUUGUGUAAAUAAACCAUUAAAAAAUCA